AUGGGGGCCGGGGCGAGCGCCGAGGAAAAACACUCCAGGGAGCUUGAGAAGAAGCUGAAAGAGGACGCAGACAAAGAUGCCAGGACCGUCAAACUUCUGCUUCUAGGUGCCGGAGAGUCGGGAAAAAGCACAAUUGUCAAACAGAUGAAAAUUAUUCACAAAGAUGGUUACUCCCUUGAGGAGUGCUUGGAGUUCAUUGUCAUCAUCUACAGCAACACCAUGCAGUCAAUUCUGGCCAUCGUGAGGGCCAUGACCACACUUAACAUUGGCUAUGGUGACGCUGCCGCACAGGAUGACGCAAGGAAGCUGAUGCACUUAGCAGACACCAUUGAGGAGGGUACCAUGCCGAAGGAGCUGUCAGACAUUAUCCUGAGGUUGUGGAAGGAUUCGGGCAUCCAGGCGUGCUUCGACAGAGCCUCAGAAUACCAGCUCAACGACUCUGCUGGAUAUUAUCUGAACGACCUGGAGAGGUUGAUCCAGCCCGGCUAUGUCCCUACUGAACAGGAUGUCCUGCGUUCAAGAGUGAAGACCACUGGUAUCAUCGAGACCCAGUUCUCCUUCAAAGACCUCAACUUCAGAAUGUUUGAUGUGGGUGGUCAGCGCUCAGAGAGGAAGAAGUGGAUCCACUGCUUUGAAGGUGUGACCUGCAUCAUCUUCAUCGCUGCUCUGAGUGCAUACGACAUGGUGCUGGUGGAGGAUGAUGAAGUGAACCGAAUGCAUGAGAGUCUCCACCUGUUCAACAGUAUCUGCAACCACCGUUACUUCGCAACCACAUCUAUUGUGCUCUUCCUCAACAAGAAGGAUGUGUUCGUGGAGAAGAUCAAGAAGGCUCAUCUGAGCAUGUGCUUCCCUGAAUAUGAUGGUCCCAACACCUUCGAGGAUGCUGGCAACUACAUCAAGUUGCAGUUCUUAGAUCUGAACCUGCGACGAGACAUCAAAGAAAUCUACUCCCACAUGACCUGCGCCACAGACACAGAGAACGUCAAGUUUGUGUUUGACGCAGUAACAGACAUCAUCAUCAAGGAGAAUCUCAAAGACUGUGGUCUCUUCUAA